AUGAUGCGGCUGGUCGUCAUGGCAGCGGUGCUGAUGGUGGCGGAGGGGCGGAGCUGCGGCUUCGGCUGCCGUCCCACAAACAUCAGCAUCCCGGUGGAGAGCUGCGGCAGCGUGGAGUCGGUGUUCACCACCGUGUGUUCAGGACAGUGUUACCACGAGGAUCCCAUCUACAUCGGGGACGACGACUGGCCUGAGCAGCAGGUGUGCGGCGGUGACUGGUCCUACGAGGUGAAACACUUCAGCGGCUGUCCGGUCCCCGUCUCGUAUCCGGUGGCUAAAAGCUGCCGCUGCUCCAUGUGUGAUUCAGGAAACACCGACUGUGGGAGGUUUGAUGGAGACGUUCCCAGCUGUUCGUCUUAUUAAAGCAGCCUCUUUACCGGUUAUUUACGCUGUGGUUCCUGAUCUGACACCGAAAUAAACCAACGUCACCGGCA